AAAGUCGAAAUGACAUUUUUAUAUCGAUUUUUCUAAUAUUUUAAUUGAUCAUUAUAAUUUUACACAAUGGCACAGGCCUUUAUAACAACAACAAAGAAUAGUUUUAGAUGGAAUGUGCAAGAAAAAGAAAAGCCUAUACGGCAAGAACGAAAAUUCGAUGAAUGUUAUGGUAAAAAUGUUGAGUGGCUAACAGAACAGGAUUUAAGUGAAAAAAUGGAAAAUUUUGAAAAAAUAAAAGCCGCUGUUGCUCAACUUCAACGGGAUAGAAUGUCUAGAACAACAUAUAGGACAGAUUAUUGUAAAGAAGAAAAGAAAGCUGCUAGAAUUGUGGGUCGUGAAGAAGCAGUGGACAGUUUUGAAAAUCAAUUACUAGAAAGUUAUAAAAAAAUAUAUCAACAGAAGACCGGAAAAGUUUUACCAACCAUAACGACACAAAGAAUACUGGGAUUUCUUACACCCUCAAGAAUGUAUACGCCAAUUUCAAACUAUCAGCACGACUUUGGAAGAGUAGGAUUUGAACGCUUAAGUAAUGGACAUAUUCCUUAAAAUUAUUUCGAUUUAUAAAUUAUAUUUCUUAAUAUUUUAUAUAAAUUAAAUAUGUAAAGAAUCAAAUUGAAUAAAUAGAAUAUUCAG